AGUCAAUAAUUUACGGGGUUAUAUAUAAACGAUUGUUGCAUUAAUUUUACACGAGUUAUCUGAAAACUACACUACCAUACGUUAUUAACACAAUGGUUUUUAAUAUCACAGACAAAGUAGCUAUUAUUACAGGAGGUGCCUCAGGUAUUGGGUUGAGAUACGCCAAGGAAUUACUUAGAAAUGGUGCUAAGGGGGUCACUUUGGCAGAUAUAAAUACAAGUUUUGGAGAAAAUGCUUUGUUAGAUAUUGAAAAAGAAUUUGGACAAAAUAAAGCAAUCUUUAUUGAAACCGAUGUAUCGAACAUAAAACAAUUUGAAGAUGCUUUUAAAAAAACUAUUGAGAUAUAUAAAAAUGUAGAUAUUCUAAUAAAUAACGCCGGAAUCCUCAAUGAUUCAAGUUGGGAAAGAUCAGUAAAAGUUAAUGUGAAUGGGGUGGUUAAUGGUGUUGUAUUGGGUAUGGACAAAUUCUUACCGAAGCAUAAGAGUGGGACGGAAGCAGUUGUCGUCAACACGUCUUCAGUUGCUGGAAUUCAAGGUUUAGCAGUUCUUCCAGUUUACAGUGGAACAAAAUUUGCAGUCCAUGGUAUGACCAUAGCUUGGGGUCAUGACUAUCACUAUUGUCGCUCUAAAGUAAGAGUUAUUGGAAUUUGCCCUGGUGCUACGAAGACUCCACUUGUAACCGAUAUGGGAAGUAAGACUUUGGGAGCUCCUUAUGAAACAGAACUUAAAAAAAAUCUGGGACAGUUACCAUAUCAAACUCCUGAACAAUGUGCCAGUCGUGUUGUAGAUAUUAUUAAAAAUGCUCCUAAUGGAUCAAUAUGGGUGGUAGAAGGAGGAGAACCGGCAUACCAAUUCGUAAUACCUCAUCGUAACACAUUUAAAUUAUAA